UUGGAUGUAAAGCAAAUAUUAACAACUCUUCUGGAAACAUCUUGAAACGUCUUUGUUAUGAAGAAAAGUGCAAACCCAAAUGCUUUUAGAUACCCUUCGAAAGGUGCACGAGCAGCGUAUGAUUUGGAGGAAGAUUCGGUAAGGGAAUGGCCUCUAUUAUUGGAACAGGUCCCUCCAGGAACUGAAGAUAACUUAUCGCCCGUUUCUUCCCCCCUCUUUUCCUUUGACUCUGAGGAUGAUUCUCUGCCGGCUGAUUCUCCCCCUGCUACCUGGGUCCCACCUCCUCAUACCUCCAGACGUUCAUUGGAGCAGUUGCCUAACAAAAGACCAACAGGUAAAAAAAGUAAUGUUUAUAUAAAUGGUUUGAUCAUUUGA